AGCCCUGGGGAGUGGGCGGCCCGGGAGUGGGCGGCCCGGGCCGGGGCGUCUCUAGCGCAGGGCGGGCAGAGGACGGCGGGGGCGGGACCCAGCUGACGCGACAACCGUGGAGGUGAUCCUUGGGGGCCUUCCCGCCCCCGAGGGCAGGCUCUGAACCCCGGCCCCGCCCCAGCCCUCUGGGGUGUAGGCUCCUGGCUGAGUUCUGCCUGUGCUUGAGAACCCGCGCGGGCUCCGGGGCCCGCGUCCAGGUUGCGGGGGCCCGGGGCGCAGAGCGGCUGAGGUCCGGAGCCCCGGGAACCGGGCGGGGACGCUGUCGGGCUGGAGCUGCUCGGGCCUUCUGACUCAGCCACUCGUCCAGAUUUCAGGAUUUCUCUCCUGGGCGGGGAGCGAUCAACUUCCUCAUUCCCGCCGGGACCCUCGCUUCCAGCCAGUCUGGCUUGACUGACUCCCCGCUGUCACCAGGGCUCCUCCCUUGGACUUAACCUCGCCUCGGUUCGAGGCCAUCCCACCUUGGCUAGGAUGACUGUAACCCAGAAGAACCUCUUUCCCUAUGGGGACUAUCUGAACUCCAGCCAGUUGCACAUGGAACCAGAUGAGGUUGACACACUGAGGGAAGGAGAGGAUCCAGCUGAUCGAAUGUAUCCCUUUCUGGCCAUCUAUGACCUUCAACCUCUGAAAGCGCACCCCUUGGUGUUUGCCCCUGGGGUCCCUGUUAUAGCCCAGGUAGUGGGCACUGAAAGAUACACCAGCGGAUCCAAGGUGGGAACCUGUACUCUAUAUUCUGUUCGCUUGACGCAUGGUGACUUUACCUGGACAACCAAGAAGAAAUUCCGACACUUUCAGGAGCUGCAUCGGGAUCUUCAGAGACACAAAGUCUUGAUGAGUCUGCUUCCUCUGGCUCGCUUUGCUGUGGCCCAUGCUCCAGCCCGAGAGGUAGCCAACGAGGACAUUCCCUCCCUACCCCGAGGAGGUUCUGAGGGCUCCGCCAGACACACAGCCAGCAAGCAGAAAUACCUGGAAAAUUACCUCAACCGCCUCCUAACCAUGUCUUUCUAUCGAAAUUACCAUGCCAUGACAGAAUUUCUGGAAGUCAGUCAACUUUCCUUUAUCCCAGACCUUGGCUCCAAAGGACUGGAAGGGGUGAUCCGGAAGCGCUCAGGUGGACAUCGAGUCCCUGGCUUCACCUGCUGUGGCCGAGACCAAGUUUGUUAUCGAUGGUCCAAGAGGUGGCUGGUGGUGAAGGACUCCUUCCUGCUGUACAUGCGCCCAGAGACCGGCGCCAUCUCAUUUGUUCAGCUUUUUGACCCUGGCUUUGAGGUCCAGGUGGGGAAACGGAGCACAGAGGCGCGGUAUGGGGUAAGGAUCGACACCUCCCACAGGUCCCUGAUUCUCAAGUGCAGCAGCUACCGGCAGGCACGGUGGUGGGGUCAGGAGAUCACGGAGCUGGCACAGGGUCCAGGCAGAGAUUUUCUGCAGCUACAUCAGCAUGACAGCUAUGCCCCACCCCGGCCCGGAACCCUGGCCCGGUGGUUUGUGAAUGGGGCAGGUUACUUUGCUGCAGUGGCAGAUGCCAUCCUUCGAGCUCGAGAGGAGAUCUUCAUCACAGACUGGUGGUUGAGUCCUGAGAUUUACCUGAAGCGUCCAGCCCAUUCAGAUGACUGGAGACUGGACAUUAUGCUCAAGAGGAAGGCGGAAGAAGGCGUCCGUAUUUCCAUCCUGUUGUUUAAGGAAGUGGAACUGGCCUUGGGCAUCAAUAGUGGCUACAGCAAGAGGACGCUGAUGUUGCUGCACCCCAACAUAAAGGUGAUGCGACACCCAGACCUUGUGACAUUGUGGGCCCAUCAUGAGAAGCUCCUGGUAGUAGACCAAGCAGUGGCAUUCUUGGGUGGGCUGGACCUUGCCUACGGCCGCUGGGAUGAUGUGCAGUACCGACUGACUGACCUAGGGGACCCCUCUGAAUCUGCAGAUUCACAGACUCCCACACCAGGUUCAGACCCUGCAGCCACUCCAGACCUUUCACAUAACCAAUUCUUCUGGCUGGGAAAGGACUACAGCAAUCUCAUCACCAAGGAUUGGGUGCAGCUGGACCGGCCUUUUGAAGAUUUCAUCGACAGGGAGACCACACCCAGGAUGCCAUGGAGAGAUGUUGGAGUGGUUGUACACGGAGUAGCUGCCCGGGACCUUGCCCGGCACUUCAUCCAGCGCUGGAAUUUCACCAAGACCACCAAGGCCAGGUACAAGAUACCUUUGUACCCCUACCUGCUGCCCAAGUCCACCAGCACUGCAAACCAUCUCCCCUUCAUAAUUCCAGGCGGGCAGUGUGCCACUGUGCAGGUCUUGAGGUCUGUGGAUCGAUGGUCAGCAGGGACUUUGGAGAACUCCAUCCUCAAUGCUUACAUACAUACCAUCCGAGAGAGCCAGCACUUUCUCUACAUUGAGAAUCAGUUCUUCAUUAGCUGCUCAGAUGGGCGGACAGUUCUGAACAAGGUGGGCGAUGAGAUAGUGGACAGAAUCCUGAAGGCUUAUGAACAGGGGCAGUGUUUCCGAGUCUACUUGCUUCUGCCUUUGCUCCCUGGCUUUGAGGGGGACAUCUCCACAGGGGGUGGUAACUCCAUCCAGGCCAUUCUGCACUUCACCUACAGGACCCUGUGUCGUGGGGAAUAUUCAAUCUUACAUCGUCUCAAAGCAGCCAUGGGGACAGCGUGGCGGGAUUACAUGUCCAUCUGUGGGCUUCGCACACAUGGAGAACUGGGUGGGCAUCCGAUCUCUGAGCUCAUCUAUAUCCACAGCAAGAUGCUCAUUGCAGAUGACAGAACAGUGAUCAUCGGUUCUGCGAACAUCAAUGACAGGAGCUUGCUGGGGAAGCGCGACAGUGAGCUAGCCAUACUGAUCGAGGACACAGAAAUGGAACCGUCCCUCAUGGAUGGGGUGGAGUACCAGGCAGGCAGAUUUGCCUUGAGUUUGCGGAAGCACUGUUUCAGUGUGAUUCUUGGGGCAAAUACCCGGCCAGACCUGGAUCUCCGAGACCCUGUCUGUGAUGACUUCUUCCAGCUAUGGCAAGAAACAGCGGAGAACAAUGCUACCAUCUAUGAGCAGAUCUUCCGCUGUCUGCCGUCCAAUGCUACCCGGUCCCUGCGGGUUCUCCGGGAGUACGUGGCUGUGGAGGCCUUGGCUACAGUCAGCCCUUCUUUGGCUCAGUCUGAGCUUGCCCACAUCCAGGGCCACCUAGUUCACUUCCCCCUCAAGUUUCUGGAGGACGAGUCCUUGUUGCCCCCUCUGGGGAGCAAAGAAGGGAUGAUACCUUUAGAAGUGUGGACAUAGCUGGGGGUUCUGCUCAGCGGCAGCUGCUAACCGUUGGGUCCAGUCGUGCCUGGAUCCUUACCCCAAACCCUGAGUUCUGAGGGCAGUGCCCUUCGAUCCUUGGGGAGGACUUCUCUGAGGACUCCUACAGAAUCACAGAGGACCUUUACUUGAGAAGUAGCCAAAGGGAGCACUCCCAAGCCUGGCCUGGGGAGGCAGGAGAGAGUUCUAGAGAGGUUUGCCUUCCUGACACCAUGUUCAAACCACUAUGCAUAGACCCCAUCCCUCUGUGGAGGCCUGAGGUCAAGCCUUUUAUUCCAGGAAAGGGGACUCCUGUCCUGGGUCUUCAUCUCACUCUUCCUCCCGCCCUUGAACCCCCUACAUGCCCCAGGGCCUCUCCCAGCCCGUUGCUGCAAAGACGGAGGGAGUAUGGAGCCACUUUGACUGCAGUCUCCACCAAUGGUGGUGGGGAAGACACCAUAACUGCCUCUGCCAGCCUGUCAACAGACACUAACUUUGUACCAGUUCAUCAAGCAUUUCAUAAAUAAAAGUGUAGAAAAGG